AGCACCAACAGCUCUCGCACCACCUACAGCCGGCUUUUAAAGCAAAUAUUUUAAUAAAAUCACUUUCAGUCAUUACUCUUCCUUUUAAGACGGUGAAAAUUCAGGAUUGGGUAAGAAGAGCAGAAGUUUGCCCAGCAGAAGUUGCUCUGAUCAGAGCUCUACAUUCACCAUGUUGCCCUGUGGACCAGCUUUGUCCUUUGUUCGGUGUCUUUUGCGGAAGAAGAAUGUCAGUGGUGAAAGUCUCGAGGACUCCAAGUUGUGCCGAUGUUUAUCAACAAUGGACCUUUUAGCCCUGGGAGUAGGAAGUACCCUUGGUGCUGGUGUUUAUGUCCUUACUGGAGAAGUAGCCAAAUCUGAAUCUGGACCUAGCAUCGUUGUUUCUUUUCUUGUUGCUGCACUAGCAUCUGUGAUGGCAGGUCUCUGCUAUGCUGAGUUUGGUGCUCGUGUUCCCAAGACUGGCUCUGCAUAUUUAUAUACUUACGUAACUGUCGGGGAACUGUGGGCUUUUAUCACUGGUUGGAAUCUCAUUUUAUCCUAUGUUAUAGGUACAUCAAGUGUAGCAAGAGCCUGGAGUAGCACCUUUGAUGAACUUCUUGGAAAGCAGAUUAGUCAUAUCUUCAGAACCUACUUCAAAAUGAAUUACUCUGGGCUAGCAGAGUAUCCUGACUUCUUUGCUGUAUUCCUUGUAUUACUUUUAGCAGGUCUUUUAUCUUUUGGAGUAAAAGAGUCUGCAUGGGUGAAUAAAAUUUUCACUGCUAUUAACAUCUUGGUCCUACUCUUCGUUAUGAUUUCUGGUUUUGUGAAAGGAGAUGCUGACAACUGGAAAAUAAGUGAAGAAUAUCUCAUAAACCUUACUGCAAUAACAAAGAAUUGUUCAUCCUAUGAGAAUGUGACAAGUAUUUAUGGGAGCGGUGGCUUUAUGCCAUAUGGUUUCAGAGGAACACUGGCUGGUGCUGCAACCUGUUUUUAUGCUUUUGUAGGAUUUGACUGCAUUGCAACAACUGGAGAAGAGGUCAAGAAUCCUCAGAAAGCCAUACCCUUCGGAAUUGUAGUGUCCCUGCUUGUCUGCUUCAUGGCCUAUUUUGGAGUUUCAGCUGCACUGACACUUAUGAUGCCAUACUACCUACUAGAUGAGAAUCCUUUGCCAGCUGCUUUUGAAUAUGUUGGAUGGGGUCCUGCAAAAUAUGUUGUGGCAGCAGGAUCGCUUUGUGCUUUGUCUACAAGUCUUCUUGGAUCCAUUUUUCCACUGCCACGUGUAAUCUAUGCUAUGGCGAAGGAUGGGUUGCUUUUCAAAUGUCUAGCUCAAAUCAAUUCCAAAACGAAGACCCCACUAGUUGCUACUCUAUCGUCUGGUGCAGUAGCAGCUAUAAUGGCAUUUCUGUUUGACCUAAAGGCUUUAGUGGACAUGAUGUCUAUUGGUACACUUCUUGCUUAUUCACUUGUGGCAACCUGUGUCCUUAUUCUUAGGUACCAACCCAGUUUAAGUUAUGAGCAACCAAAAUAUUCCCCAGAAAAAGCAGCUUUGGCUGCAUCUGAAAGGGAAUCUGCAGUAAGCGAAUCACAAAUAAAUAUGAUACAAGAGAAACACUUCAGUCUUCAGGCGCUGAUUAAUCCAUCCAGUUUACCUACUGAGCAAACUGCAACUACAGUUAGCUUUUUAGUGGGUCUGUUAGCUUGCUUGGUUUGUGGUUUGAGUGUCCUCACUACAUACAUGAGUCAUUCCAUUGCUAACUUGGAGCUCUGGAGUAUUGGCCUUCUUGCUGUAUUCAUGACAUCCUUCAUAGUUACCAUUCUUCUCAUCCAAAGGCAGCCUCAGAACCAGCACAAAGUGGCCUUUAUGGUUCCACUAGUGCCAUUUUUGCCAUCAUUAAGUAUCCUGGUAAAUAUUUACUUGAUGGUACAAUUAAGUGGAGACACUUGGAUCAGGUUUAGCUUCUGGAUGGCACUUGGCUUCCUCAUUUACUUUGCCUAUGGUAUCAGACACAGUCUUGAAGGUCAUCGUAGCAAUGGAGAUGAUGAAUCUUGUUCAGAAAAUAGUGGGUUGCAAGAAAAGAACCCUGUGGAAGAAGUGGAUGAACCUGAAAAUGCAAAUGAAAGUGAUCAGUUUCUUGCACAUGAAAGGACAAGUGAAUGUUAAUCUAUGCCAGCAUGCAAGUCUUUUAAACCUUUAGUUGACAUUUUACUUGUGGACUGAAAUUUCAAAAGCUUUCUGCCAAUGUUGUGCCUCUUGAAAGUGUUUACUACAAGGCCUGUCUGAUAUUUUGGACAAGCUGCUAAUCCAUCUUCAACGUUUCAAAUCUGACAGCAUGGAGAUUAAUAUUUAAACUACAAAAAAGAAACCAAAACAAAACAAAAGAAA